AGAGAGGCAGCGAGCGGCAUUUCGCGUUCGUGUCUCUCUUCGCUUCUCCUGCGCUGCGCGCUUAUAAAGUCGCGCCCGGCGCGAGUCCGCGGGUUCGAACCGCCGAGAAGACGUCGUCGUCGAGCGCUCGGUGGCGAACGAGAGGGAGUGGUGACGAGCAGACGUGCGCACGCCGUCGGGUCGGGCGGGUGGGCUCUGCGAAAAACAGAAACAAAAGAAACAGAAAGAGAAAAGCCGUUUAACCUUUUCGUCAAUUGCGGCGCUUCGGGGAGCACGCUAGCCAGACGCGAUGGCGGAGAAGUCGCGCUUCCAAGUGGCCAAGGUGGACUACGUGAACGAGGCGAUGGCGCCGGACGAAGACGUGCCCAGGACGCCCACGGCCGUGGCCGCCGCAUCCAUGGGGGGUCCCCAGUGCGUGGUGACCAGCGCGUCGGCGUCGCCCACCGAGCUGGCUAACUACGGCACCGUGUACGACACCGUGAACGUGAAGAGUCUGCUCCACUACACUCAGGAGGCGCUUCCGCGCGUCGACCACUACCGGAACGUGAUGUCGGUGCACGGACACAUCAGUCGGCCCACGCUCGACGAGCUGCACUGCAGCGGACGCGGAUCCAUCCCGGGACUCACGCAGGACCGCGAUCCCAUCGAACUGGUGUGGGUUCCAGCUCACGCGGGCAAUCAGGGGAACGAGGCAGCCCACCUCAGCGCUCGAGGUUUCGUCAGCCGAGCGGGGGGCACCUCCGACCCCGAUGUGCCCAGCGAGGACCACACCACGUACAUCACGACAUAUUAUCGCACGAACGUAAACUGGGGAUCCUCGACGCAAGCGCAGAUAUACAAGGACGCUCUAAACGCCGUCUACCGCCUGCAGACAGUUCAGGAACAUGUCAAGAACUACAGGCCCCAGAUCCUGGUGCUGACCGGCGACCCCAGCCACCGUCCGCCUCUGGUGGACUUCGCCUACAGCAUCACCAAGAAGCUCUCGCUGCUUAUCUGCGGCAACGUCACGCCCCACCGCCUCACGUUCCGGUCGCGCACUGCUCUCACCAACCGCGCCAACGCAUGGCUCGAGCGCCGCAAGGUCAAGGCCUUCUACACACUGGUGCGCGACGAGGACUUCACGCACGGCGUGCGAUCCCUGCUGCAGUCUUCAGGACUUGGCAAGCUCCGUCCCAACGUCGUGCUGAUCGGCUACAAGUCCAACUGGCAAACAUGCGACCGCCAGGAGGUGCUCAAGUACUUCACCGUCAUCCACGACGUGCUGGACCUGUACAUGUCCGUGUGCAUCUUGCGGCUUCCCGAGGGCCACGACUACUCCGAGUACGCCGACCAGGACGCGACGGUCGCCGCCAACGGCAAGAAGCCCGACAUGCUGACCGUUCCCGGAAUUGAGCGCGAGAACUCGUCGGGGGCCUUCCCGCGAAACAUCUCCAGCGCACAGCUCUCCAUGGGUGGCAGCUCCCGGGGGCCCUCGCCGCCGGCGACUCCGCUCAUGGGCCGCGCGGUGGGCAUGCCGGGCGACGCCUUGGAGAAGGCGCCGCUGGCCGAGCCCGAGCCGGCCUCGGUGGUGGUCAACGUGAUGCCCCAGCACCACCAGGGCGCCGAGGACACGAACAAGACGUCCGACGAGCCCAAGGAGCUGCCGCUGGCCGUCAACCAGUUUCUGCGCAAGCAGAGGAAAGGAACCAUCGACGUCUGGUGGCUGUACGACGACGGAGGUCUCACGAUGCUCAUUCCGUACCUGCUGACCACACGCAACAACUGGAGCGCAUGCAAGCUGCGCGUCUUCUGUCUGGCCAACAAGAAGGAGGAACUGGACCGAGAGCAGCGAAAUAUGGCGUCGCUGCUGAGCAAGUUCCGGAUCGAGUACUCGGACGUCACGGUCAUCCCGGACAUCGUGCGGCCCCCGGCUGAAUCCAGCAAGCGCGAGUUCGAGGACCUGGUCCGCAAGUGGCGCCGGACGGAGGACGACGACACCGAGGUGGAGCACGACCCACUCGAGAUCUCGGACUCCGAGAUGCUCGCGCUCAGGGACAAGACGUACCGACAUCUGCGUCUUCGCGAGCUGCUGCAGAAACAUUCCAAGAAUGCCACUUUGGUCGCUAUGACCCUCCCGAUGCCGCGCAAGAGCACCUGCUCGGCCUCCAUGUACAUGGCGUGGCUGGAGACGCUGACCAGGGACCUGCCGCCGUUCCUGCUCAUCCGAGGCAACCAGACCAGCGUGCUCACCUUCUACUCUUAGUGACGUGCCUUCCUCUGGCGCGAGCGCCCCGAAUGUCCGCGCAGCGAAAUGCGCACCCACAGGCUGCAUCGUCGAAGCAACCUGGCAACGACGACGACGACGACUAGUGCGUCUUCGAAUGACGACGCGUCUUGAUUCCCUGGUGGCGGCAUUGUGCGCGCCGUCUCGCUGUUUGGACACGGGCGCGAACCGGUGCAACUGGGCUUCCGGCCCCUGCCCUUAUUUUUGUGUGCAUUUGCGUGCAUCUGUGCGUGUUUGUGUGUGUGUGUGUCGCGUUUAAUGUUUCUUACGGCCACCGUGGCAUCGAAGUCACCGGCGCCGCCGCGAGCACUUUCUUUCGAGGGUCCACUACACUAUAGAACACUCCGGCUGGACAGCAGCCGUGCCAAGGCGAACAGACUCUUGUCGUCGUUACAUGAUGGUGACGGCGGUGCGUCUCGAAGAGACUGCAGUGUAUUGUUGCCCGCCUAGUACAUUAGUAUUAAGUCUAGUUGUUUACUCUUUUCUUUUCAUUGUCCUUUUUAUUUUCUUCUUCUUCUUGACGCUCUUCUGCUCCGUAACUCUUCUUUUAUGUGCUGGCGACUAUAGCGUCAUAUAGUGACGUGUUGCAGCUCGUCGGACAUAUCGAAAAACGUGGUGGUCUUCCCGAGGCGCAGUCCGAUAGCGCGACCGUCGCGCCACCUGUGUACAAAGGUUUCGGCGGCCCUUGCCCCCUCUGGCGACGCCUUAUGUAUAGCUUGGGUGGGAAAACCCCCUCUACCUCUGAUGUAAUCCUGUCGCAAUAUAUGUCUUCUGUUCUGACCGAUUCGUCAAUAAGUGCCCGCGUUCGCAAGCCCCUGAAAAUGAUUCCCAAUUGUGCGUUCGAGCAACGGGGGAAAAAGAAAAAGUGCUUAGUACUGUAAGAGCAGUGUAACACAGUUACAAAAUAACCUCUUCUAACUUCUCGUAAACCGGUGUAGUGUGUGUCCGGUGAUUCGCAUUGUGCCAUCGUGGAACCAUUUGGACCGUCUCGGCCCUUUGUUUGACGCUUGUAUAAUAAUCUGCGAUCAUGACCACAUUUCGUCGUCGUGUGCAAGCGUGCGUGUGAGAUGUGAGUGUGCAGUCAUACGUCAUCUUGCCUUCUGCCUUACGAAUGCAUAAGCACAGAAUACUUGCGAGAAAAAGUAUUAAUGGUUCAGGCUGCGGAGCUAAGCAGCAAGCCCAUCUUUCAUUCAGACGUGCCCGGUCAUGCAACCUUUAGAAGUCGCUGCACCGGUCCUCCGAAUGGCAGUUUUUUUUUUUCCACUUCCCUCUUUCUUACAUAUUAGCUUUUGUGGUGCGUUUGCGCUCCCGACUUGGGUUUUGUACCUUUAAGACGACGCAUGUACAUCUCGGCCUACAUUAUGUCACUACGAAUCCCGCGAUGUGUGUCUAAUGCGACUGUUGCUGUUAGCCACUGUCCCUACAAUAAGGAUCGGAUGGAUGGGACGUAAGCUCAUAGAAAGAAGGAAAAGUAGGUUUAGCGGUAAAUCGUUGCGUGUACCCAAUGUUAACCCACAAAUCCGCCCAUUGAAUGGACUUCCAUGUGAGCCACCUAUAUAUAAAAAAAAAAUGUUCUGGGGAAUCUUGUUAUGCGUUGGAUCGCCUGUAGUCCCGUUUUAUUUCUUUUCUUUUUGUCGCAGCUCAAUACUUUUGAUUAAGCUCGUAGUACCAGGUCGCUUUAAUAAAACAUAGCUGUAUACUGCUCUUGUGCGGCGUCGCAUACAUAUAUUUAACACGACGACGCCAACAUUUUUUUUUUGUUCCAGUCAUUGCAUUUAUGAGCGUAGAGUUUCCCUGCGGAUCGCAUUUUAAGCCUGCGGCCAAACUAGCUGAGGCGAAGAAUUUUUACAAUUGUUAGUCCCUUGUAUUGUUCGUCAACUCCGUUGUGAAUCUCUCUGUCAUUUUGUUCUUUUCUUUGCAAGUCUCGUCAAUGUUAGUUUUUAAGCCGCUGUCUCCGGUUACAACGACCCCGUGUACGAAGUUUUACUCUUAGACGACCGUGGUAUUUCAUCGUUCAACUGCUGCGGUAUUGUUACAGAAAAAAGAAAAGAAAGGCUCACAGGAUAUUUUUUGCUUUUUAAGAACUUUUCUCACUGAGCAAUAGAUAACGACCAGCCGAAGAGCGAAAUAUUGCUUUAACGUCGCGUACUCGCUGUACCGUCUGACGGGCCUGUUUGUUUCCCGGAAUACUAUAGUGAUGGGGCGAAGCCUUACAUCGCCUCUGCAUCGAGCAGCAUACAUUAGCCAUUUAGGCGUCGCGGCAGUGCCUUUCACGCCACGGCCAUCGCGAAUUCCUCGUCGUUUUAUUCGCCCGAUGGCCAGCUUUAGUUAACGCUUCACCGUGAGCCACGCAAGCGGACGGUAGUAUGGCUAUUUGUGAAGUAGUGGCGCGCUGUCACAGUUUUUUUUUCUUUUUCAAGUUAGGCGUGAAGCGACGUUCCAAAUGUCGACUUCUCCCGUUCGCGAGCACGUCUUCAGCUUCACUUCACGAGUACUUUUCCUUCUUAACUUUUCCUUCUGUACUGUUUGCAAUGCGCCUCUGUAACUUACAAUGUAUAGACGUACUGUUAAUGGCUCAACUCUUUUUUUCGCGAUCUUUUCUUUUUUUUUUUUUAUCGGGGAGCGUAAACGAAGUUUCCUCGCAUUUUCGCUUUCAGUUACUAAGCGCGGGGCCCUGAAAUACAUUUCGUCAGAGCUUCAGUUUAUUUGCUUCUCAGCAGCGACACUCCCCCCCUAUUAAAAAAAUAUUGAUUGCAAGCGCUUUCUGUUACGUAGGGAUGCGGCAGUGUCGUCUAAGUAGCGUGACGCAUGGAAGCGUGAAACUGUGACGUCACGAUAUUCGGCUGGUUACUCGUCCAUUCAAAGGCGAGCGCCAGCUACGCGUGAAUCACAGUGGAAACGUCGGCCCACUAGCGUCGAGUCCGUCUGCUAUAUGGAACGCGUUGGUUGGUUUACAAGAUUUCGCGAAGCACGUGUGACAUCUCCUGUGCUCGAUCAGACGCGGUCAACUUUCGCUUCACUUUUCUAUAGAAGAGUUCAUUGUUGGGCUAGUUAGUUUUCCUUAAUCGAAGUAGUAACUUAGCGCGAUAAAAACGCAGAAACAAGAAAGGUGGACGAAGACAAGUGUGCUUGUCUUCGUCAACCUUUCUCGUUUCCGUGUUUCUAUCGCGCUAAGUUACUACUUCGCUUCACUUUGAUUCGCUAAUCUCGCAGGAACGUCUGUUCCUGCGUAUGUUUUACUUUGCCAUGCACGGAAACGGACCCCGCGGUAGAUGGCGUUCCUUGUGGUGUAAGAAAAAAAAUGGAGCAUUCGGACGCAGGUGAACGACACCUCCUAUAUGUCGGAAGAGUUGCGCAUUCUAAUCGCAGUGUCGUCUAGGAAGGCCAUAUUGGCUAAGAGAUGUUCGAGCUAGCAAAGAUUUGAAACACGAAGUACACAAGUGUUUAUUACUUUUUUCAGGGCCCUUUUAAAUUCUGUUGUCAUUUAUAAUAGCGAUAGAGCGUAGUUCCCGGGAAACUUCUGUCGAUUGCAGAGGCUAUCAAUACAAUGCCUUCACAACAGGUUUUUUUUUUCCCCCUCCACGUUAACUCUCUGUGUAAUUUGUCAGGAGUCGCAUCAUUCGAAGACGCCGGUCACGUCUUCGCUAGAAAUGCUACUAUUUUUGUACGGCAAUGUAAAUAGGAAAAGUUUGGACUACCACUGUAGGCAGUAUUUUAGUUGUACAUAGUGUGUUGUAGUGUCCUCUUUCAUGCAUUUCUUUUCUUUUCUUUUUACGCUGGUGUAAAGUUGGCAAAUAGCGCAAUUUUUUUUUUUUUUUUUUUUGCGCCGUCUUUGGCGCUGACCUGUAUCCAUUCUUCUUUUUUUUGUUCGUUUUUUCUUUACGAGUAUGCCUAGAAAUUUGCAGUGUCAAAACAAAGUGCCUUUGGAUAGAGGGAGCGUGUUUGAACGCGCCUUUCACUGUUCACACUUGUUUUUUAGGAAACUGAAUUUGCCUGACCCGCGCGGUCGUCCUCUGCGUCUCCUCACAUUGACUGUUCCAACUUGUUUCUUGGACUUCAAUAAAUGAGAGUGUGCGGGUCAACUUA